AUGGGCCCCCAUACCGACUCCUCAUGCUGUGACGUUGCAACAAGGUGGAAUUCAACCCUACAUAUGUUAGACCGCCUUUACGAACAGCGAAAGGCCAUCACCGAUUUCCUGAUGUUACAAGCGGAUAAAGGUACUCCCUGUGUAACUUAGAUGUCAGCCAUUGGCAGCUCAUGCGUGACACCUGCCGCUUGCUCAGGCCCUUUGAGGAGGCCACGCUAUUCGUGAGUCGGCAGGACUAUGGGAUGAACGACGUCAUUCCUCUGUUGCACGUCCUGGAACAAAUGCUGUUAACAAUGGCUGGUCAGGGUGCGGUAGACGUGGCGCACAGAUCUCAACACCACAUGACCCCUGUGGGGGCAGGACAGGAAGAAGAGGAGGAGGUAGAGGAGGACAUUGGUGCUCAGGAAUUAUUGAGUGAAAUGGGUGGUUUUUCCACUCAGCGGACAGGAGUGGAGGAGCAGGAGCAUCUGGUAGAGGAGGAGGAGGAGGAGACAGAGGACCCAGACGCACCGUGGCAGUAUGCUGUGGAGAUGGAGGCAGGGAGUCCCUCGCAUUCCUUGGCACAAAUGGCCCAUAGCAUGCUCGCUUGCUUGCGUAGCGACAGCCGAAUAAUAACCAUCAGACAGAGGGAUGACUUUUGGCUGUCCACCUUGUUGGACCCUCGCUACCGUUCAAAAAUGGUGGCCUUUUUCACACCUGCUGAGAGGGAGGCCAAAAUAAAGUACUAUAAAAACCACCUAUAUAGUCAGCUGGUCUCUGCCUUUGUGCGCCAACGUCCAUCCUCAGACACUGUGGGCCCUGUGCGCUCGCGUUCCGCUGCCAUGGCAGCAGGGGAGGGGUGGGGUGGUAGGAGCAGUGGCAGCUCCACCAGCAGCGGCUGCCUCAGUCUGCAGUCGAUGAUGAGUAGCUUUCUUCACCAGCGCAGUGAGGAAACUACUAACCAGCCGCAGCAGCAGCAUCAGGUGGACCUGGAGCAGGACCUCAAACAACAGGCUUGGGCCUACUUGGACAGCACCCUGCCAACCGAGGUAGACAAUCCCCUUGACUACUGGGCAACGAAACUUGACCUUUGGCCCCAACUAGCUGAAUUUGCCCUUGAAAGGCUGUCAUGCCCGGCCAGUAGCGUGGCAUUGGAGCGCGCGUGUUUAGUGUGGCAGGAGGUAUUGUAACUCCGCGGAGGACACGACUGUCCACCCAAAGUGUGGAGAGACUCACGUUUGUGAAAAUGAAUCAGGCGUGGAUUAGUCUGGAUUUCAAACCACCAGUUCCUGACACAACUGACUAA